AUGGAUAGCGUUCUACGAAGUACUAUAUUGGGAAAAACAUAUGACAUGGUUGAUGAUCCUUCGACUGAUUCAACGAUCUCGUGGAGCGAGAGUGGCAAGAGUUUCAUUGUUUGGAACCCUAAAGAACUUUCGAGAGAUGUUAUACCAAGAUUCUUUGGCUUUCGCCGGGACGAAACUGAGUAUCCUCGCAAUUUCUCACUCUUUGCCAAGUUGCUUAACCGAUACGGCUUUAGGAGAGUUGACUCUGAGGAAAUCGAAUUUGCUGACCAUGACUUCGUGAGAGGUGAACCUGAUCUUGUUCGACACAUAUGUAAACGCAAAAUAGUUCGGAAACGAGAUACUAAGGCAGGGAAAGAUCGGCUAAGGAAAAUCAUGGUGAUGAGGAAACCAAAGAGGAAGAAUAUGAAGAAGCACUAUGUAUUAUUUUGA